UGUGAGCAGAGCCCAGGAAUGCCUUAUGUGGACCGGCAGAACCGCAUCUGUGGGUUUCUGGACAUCGAGGAGAAUGAGAACAGCGGCAAGUUUCUGCGGAGGUACUUCAUUCUGGACACGCAGGCCAACUGCCUUCUCUGGUACAUGGACAACCCUCAGAACCUGGCAAUUGGGGCAGGAGCUGUUGGAUCUUUACAGCUGACCUACAUCUCAAAGGUGAGCAUAGCUACCCCAAAGCAGAAACCAAAAACGCCGUUUUGCUUUGUUAUCAAUGCUCUGUCUCAGAGAUAUUUUCUUCAAGCCAAUGACCAGAAAGACCUGAAAGACUGGGUUGAGGCCCUGAACCAAGCCAGCAAGAUCACCGUACCCAAAGUUGGGAAUCUACCCCUGGCUACUGAAGUCCUCAAAAGCCUAGCAGCUCUUCCAGCCCUGGAGAAGAAGCCACAAGUGGCCUACAGGACAGAGAUCAUUGGAGGGGUGGUGGUCCACACACCCAUCAAUCAGAAUGGUGGUGAUGGGCAGGAGGGGAGUGAGCCAGGAUCCCAUGCCAUCCUCCGUAGGUCUCAGAGUUACAUCCCCACAUCGGGCAGCCGCGCUUCCACUGGCUCCCCCCUCAUUAAGAGUGGCUACUGUGUGAAGCAAGGGAACGUGCGGAAGAGCUGGAAACGUCGCUUCUUUGCGCUUGAUGACUUUACCAUCUGUUACUUCAAGUGUGAGCAGGAUCGGGAACCACUGCGUACUAUAUAUCUCAAGGAUGUUCUCAAGACCCAUGAAUGUCUAGUCAAGUCUGGAGAUCUUUUAAUGAGGGACAACCUGUUUGAAAUAAUAACAAGCUCCAGGACCUUCUAUGUACAGGCAGACAGUCCAGAAGACAUGCACAGCUGGAUUAAGGAGAUUGGGACAGCUGUCCAGGCCCUCAAGUGCCACACCAGAGAAACAUCCUUUUCUAGAUCUAUUUCUUUGACUCGACCUGGAAGCUCCAACCUCCCAGGUGGGCCCAACUCAUUCUUAUGCAGGGGGCGACCACCUGUGGAGGAGAAGAAAGCCCUAUGCAAAGCCCCCUCUCUGGCCUCCUCCUGGCAGCCCUGGACACCUGUUCCCCAGGCUGGGGAAAAGCUACUUCCAGCUGAAGAGACUCCAGAGGACACUUCGUUCAUGCCUCGACUUGGGGAGAGCAAUACUUCUGGAGUGUUUCUGCCUGCCCGGAUAAGGCACAGAUCGGAACCCCAGCAGCCCAAGGAGAAACCAUUUAUGUUCAACCUUGAUGAUGAAAACAUACGGACCUCUGAUGUGUGAUAAAGCAUAAUGCCAUGGGAAGGAAGAAGAGGACUUGCGAGGAGGAGGCUGUGACUCAGUUUCUCUCCUUGUUGGAGGACAGAGGCCUUUAUGUCAUUCAUAUUCCUAUGGAUGCUCUGUGGGAGGGAGGGGUCCAGCCAGCUGGCUUUUUUUUUUUUUUUGUAAUAUCAGUGCAUAUUUAAUUUUGGGAAAUCACUAGGUUAGACCUGUAAGCAUACUCAAUGGAGAGUAUACUUUCCCCUGCAUAAAAAAGAGCACAUAGUAAACUCUCACUUGACUAUUCCAAGGUCUCCCUGGUGAAGGGUUAUUUUAGGAACUCCUCUCCAGAGGAGGCUGGGAGUUCAGUUUUGUAAACCCUGAUCAAGAUUUAUUCUCUUGUCUUUGUUUUGGUUUCUUCAUUUUGUUUUCAGUCCCAGCAUAGAAUUCCUGUUUGUUCACUGAGGCUUGUGAAGUGGGUGGGCUUGUGACAGGAGGUGUUAAUAUCAGAGGCUUAGAGGGCAGCCCUCAGAGUGUCUGCCAGGACAGACGCCUUCAGGAGCCCUCUUAGGGGAUGGUAUAGAGACCUCUUGUAAGGUAUGGGAAUAAUCCAAUUAUACCAACAGUAAAUACAUCAGCAAAUUUUGGAAAUUACUCUUGUUUUCUUCUAGAUGCUUUUGAACCUUCAAUACUGUAGAUGCAGUGAUAGACCUACCCACCUAGUUUCUGUCUCAGGCCCCAAGAGUGGAUUUAUCAGUGUUAAAUAUUAUCACUGCUGAGUACAGAACAGACAUUUCCCUUGAUAUGGCAUUAUUUGGAAUGUGAGAGUUGGUAAAUGUAUGAUAAUUCACAUAUGUGGUAGAUCAAUCUCUAUUUCAAAGUUUUAGAUGAGCUUGAAAAUAAAUGCUGAGAUGACAUGGAUUAUAGUUCAUGCAGUUAAGCUUUUAUGAACCAUGUUUUCAGACAGGAGAAAAGUUCUGUUUUUGCAAAGACAGAUUCUCCUGAGCUCUUGCCUCAAAGCUCUUUUUGAACAUUGUCUGUGCUGGCAGAUUUGCUUUCUUUUCAUUCUUUCUGUCGCCCUUUGAAUGAAGCCUUACGUAUUUGCAUGAUCAAAUCCUGUGAUACUAGGUUCUAUACAUUUAACAGUGAAGAGGAUACAAAAAUAAUCUUGAGACAUUUAUAUUUGUAAUGAAAUAGAACCUGGACAUAGAAACAUUGAUUUGGAGGUUACUAGUUGCUGGCUAGAGAUUUCUCAGGUAGAAGAGCAUAGAAGAUUGACUUUCCCACCAGCAUUUUAGGGCAUGCCUUUUUUCAUUUGAUAAGAAGAUACUAUUUCUAGUUUUCCUGGGAGAAUCUGUCCAUCCAAUUUAUGUGAAUUGCCAUCAAAGAACUUAUUAGGGUUCUCUAAAGAGAGAACUUCUGUAAUUUUUUAUCAGCUAGCUCAAUUAGUACUUACA